CUUCUGGAUUCUUUUUGUGUAUUUUGUCUCUUGUCACCAUCUCGUCUUCCUUCUCCCGUCCGCCAAACCUUCCAUAACCUGUCUUUCCACCAUCCAUCUACAUAGGUAUCAAGAUCAAUAUCAAUACCUAUCCCUCCAGCUCAUCCAUCGCAUUACAAAGAGAAUAACCCCAAAGUUUGAGUCAUACCCCCAUCGACCAAGCUCUACUUUUCAUACAUACAUUUUUCUAACCUGCGAGCUUACGACCAACUUUUUUAUUUCCGGAUUUCCUUGGAGCAGAGGAUCCACUUAUUUUAUCUAUUUAUCUAUUUAUCUACCUCCCUACCUAUUGAUGACUCCUCAAUCUUUUGAUAUGAAUGAAAUGACAUCCCCGAUUGAAGAUUGUGGGAUUUGAACUUCUUGUAUAUAUUUUGAAUAUUUUGUUAUUGUGUAUAUUUUGUGUACCCGAGGGAAUCAUAUAUCUUUCUCUUCCUCUUCCUCUCUCUCUUCCUCUCUCUCUUCCUCGACCUUGGAUUGGAUUUGGGAGUAGAGUAUAGAAAAAGCCUUACAUACAUAGGACUCCAUUGGCAGUUUAAACCGAAAUGUCGACACCCAUUUCCAACUCCUAUUCCAAUUCCCAUCCCUAUCCUCAAUCCCAAACCCAAACAUCCAAUCCCACCACCCUCACUAGCACUCCCAAAUCCACAUCUUCCAACUCCCCCUCCGUCUCCUCAAAUCACAAAACCAUCGAAAUUUCUGCAGACCUCUCAAAUCCAGAUGCAUACGCAGAUCCAGACCUGGACCUCAGAACCGGCGACGAAGAAAAACAAACAGCAAUUGAAGAAACUUUAGCCCAUAGAACAAGAACAAAUGGAACUCAGGUGACGACGGCGAGUUGGAGGGCGUUAGGACCACCUCCUGAUGGAGGUUUGAGGGCUUGGAUACAAGGUGUGUUUUUGUGAUUUCUUUAGUCUUUUGGGGGUGUGGAGGGUAAGAAGGAGAGGGAGGCGGUUUGAGGAAGCGAGUGUGAUUUGACGAGGGGAGGAGGAAGAAGGGACAUGGGGAAGAGGAAGAAGGGACAUUGGGAAGAGGAUGUAGUGGUGAUGACAGGCUAGGCUAGCACUCAAUGAGCUUUUGGUGGAAGUACCCAAAUAUUCAAAAAGUGUACAUUUUGAAGAACUUGUCAGUGCAAGUAUCAGGACAAGUGUAAAUACAAGUAAUGCACAGAUGUGAAUAUGGAAGCCAAAAAAAAACAAGAGAUGAAGAAAGACAAAAAUAAUAAAACGCACAUAUAUUGAUAUUAUAUAAAAUGGAUUGGGCUAGAUGCUAAAAAGAAAUAAUUCUGGUUCACUGCUAGAAACCAACGAGACAUCACUAACUUCACAACAUCUAGUGAUCCUCAGCCACCUUGUCAUCAUGAAUACAUGGUUAGUAACCUCUUCCCAAUUCCCUCCCCUUGAACAAGACUUCCAAACACAACUUCCAAAUACAACUUCUAAAUAACCCACCUAACAAACACCCAGGGGAUUCAUAAACUCCUUCGGCGUCUUCCAGACCUACUACGUAAGCAAGCUCCAACGUCCCGCCAGCUCCAUCUCCUGGAUCGGCUCCGUACAAAUCUUCCUCCUCUUCUUCAUCGGAACAUUCACGGGACGCCUCACCGACGCCGGGUAUUUCCGCUCCGUAUUCCUCGUCGGUACAAUCAUCGGACUGGUAGGAAUCUUCAUGGCAUCCAUCUCAACAACUUAUUGGCAAGUCUUUCUCGCCCAGGGAAUUUGCAUGGGUCUCGGAAAUGGCUGUUUAUUUUGUCCGGCCCUGGCAACGUUAAGCACGUAUUUUAGUACGAAGAAGAGUUUGGUCAUUGGGAUUGCGGCCGCCGGGAGCGCGACUGGUGGUGUUAUUUUUCCAAUUAUGGUACAGCAGUUGCUACCACGCAUUGGAUAUGGAUGGACUAUGAGAUCCUUGGGUCUUAUUCAAUUGGUGUGUCUAGGAGUUUGUAACCUGGGCAUUAGACAAAGGGUUCCUCCUAGGAAGAGCGGCGCGUUGAUAGAUUAUGCAUCUUUCAAAGAUAUACCCUACAUGUUAUUUGCGGCUGGGAUGUUUUUCGUAAGUAACCUAUCGAGCUGUAUUGAUCUCAAUUUGUAAUAUGAAACAUAACACAAACUAAAACCACCAAAAAUAGAAUUUCUGGGGUAUAUACUUCGCUUUCUACUACCUAGGCGCCUACGCAAGAACCAUCAUCGGACUCCCCCUUCCAGAAUCAAUAACCAUAAUCAUCAUCCUCAACGCGGUGGGAAUAAUCGGACGAAUCCUCCCCAACCACCUCGCCGAUCGAUACUUCGGUCCACUUAAUACACUCCUCCCAAUAACCCUCAUCAACAGCCUCCUCUGUUUCUGCUGGAUAGCCGUUUCUUCCCGAAAAGGUCUCUAUGCAUGGGCAAUCAUGUAUGGGAUAUUUGCAGCGGGCAUUCAAGGUCUUUUUCCAGCUACACUGAGUAGUCUUACGACGGAUAUGCGGAAAGCGGGUGUGAGGAUGGGGAUGGUUUUUACGGUAGUUAGUUUUGCAGUUUUGACAGGGCCGCCUAUUGGCGGGGUAUUGGUGCAGAGGAAAGCUGGGAGUUAUGAGUACGCGCAGAUUUUUGUGGCGGGGGAUUUGUUCGUUGGGUGGGUGUUUUUGCUUUUGGCUAGACGGGCGCGUUCGAGGGCUUGGGGGGUAAAGAUGUGACGGAGAUGUGAGCAUUGAUUGAUUGACUGUAAGGUGUAGGGUUCCUUGGGCCCUUGAUUGUGAGAUACGUGUAUGUCGUAAUAAAUUCUACAAUCUACCCUAUCAACCAAGCUAUUUUUUGCCACUAUAGAAAUAAAUUAAACAACCAACCACAAACCAAGCACAGAA